UUUGGAAGACCCGACGAUCUACAUGAACUUGUUUGAUUGGAUGUUCAAAACAUCACGAAAGAAACUGCUUCAGUCAUAUGAUGAAUACUGGCGACGCCUUUGUCAAUACUUCGAGCUAUUCGCCCGUCGCCGCGUCGGUGAGGAUGCCCGUCAACAGAUGCGACGAUUUCUCGAAGGUGUAUUCCCAGCCGAGCGCAAAAUUCCCCGACGAACAAAGGACAAAAAUACUCUAGAUGUGGAUGCUUUUGGUGUGAUUUACCGGCAUCACUGGGUCCAUUCGAGAUUCUUUCGUCACGGGAGCAUGAUUAUUCAGUUUGCUACAGUCCAGCUCUGGUCCGCCAUUACAGGCACGCGACCUGGCGUCUUGCUUCCUCAAGACACCUCGUCGCCUGGCAAUCCAGUUUUGGGCAAACGCAAACGGGAUGACACCUUCCAGAGUGAUCUUCCAAAGCACAUUUCCUUGAAAGAUCUUCCGGACUCGGUCUGCUAUCGCGAUAUCGAACUUUUCUACCUGAAAGACCUUCAAAGUAAACGUGAUGUCCUCUGUGCCAUCAUCGAGUUUCGCAAUCUCAAAGGUCGACCGGAAGGCGCUGAUGGAACCAAAUUCUUCAUGUACGGCGAUUAUCAACUGGCAUAUUGCCCGAUAGCUCAGAUCAUUGCGUUCGCUUUCCGCGAUGGAGCUUUUGCCAAUGCCGACCUCACCCCAGAGCUCAUUUGGCGGCUACGAAAGCCCGAGGUUCUUAAUGUGCCUCUCCUUCGACGUCUUGGACGCACUCCAUACGGCUACGGACUCGAUGGGUCUUUGCCAAUGACCUAUGAUUCAGGUCGGCAGGCGCUCAAGGAGUUGGGUCGAGAUGCUAGAUUCGAAGACGAUAUUGGGCAUUACAAUUUUCGCCGCUGGACGGCAAAUGAAGUCAACAGCAUGUCACUUGCUGAGCGCGAUAUGAUGGAUUCCCAGGAGCGACAAAGGGUGCUCGGGCAGUCUGGUGACGCGGUGUUUGAAAAGCAUUACCAAUCACAAUUUAUUGCGCGCGACCUUCAGCAUGUCGUUCUUCUUCGGCCCUCCCAAGAAGGUCUGGUACGCUUCGCUGGGAGCAUGCUUAGGAAGAGAGAUUUAUCGGCACCAUCUGAUCUUACCGAAGCUCAUAAACGUGCUAUUUGCCAAAACUCUGAAAUUCUGCAACUGAGACGCGAGAAAAGAGAGCUUAUGGCGGAGAUGCGGUCCGUGACUGGCACAAUCAAGAACGCCCGUGACACCUUUCCACGCCUCUUCCAAAGGCAUGAGACCGUCAAGAAAGAUCUGGCCAAACUUCGGAAAUCAUUGGCGAUCGAAACUCGCGAGACAGCCAGAAAGGACUAUUUUAAUAAUGCCCCCGUGCUUGAAGUUGACCGACAGAUCAAGCAAAUGCUUCUCGGCGAAUCUGAUGUUGAGGAACGCGAUGCUGAUAGUUCCGCUGAAGAAGACUGGGAGCUCCCUAUCCCGGACUACGUAUUUCCUGAACGAGCUCGGCUUGUGGAGAACUUUUACGGUCCUGACGCAGAAGACUUCCAUGAGGACAAAUUACUUAUUCGACGCAUCCAGGUUACCAAGGACAUGGUUGCGCUUUUACUGCUUUGCGAGCCGAGCAGGCGAGGCAACCGUGUCAAUUGGGAUCUCGAUGAAGAGGGAAACAUACCUAUCGAACAGCCCAAGCAACUGGCGUCUGAUGAUAAUACACAAAUAUGUCCAACAGAUAUUUGCAUCAUCUGCUUUGGUGAAUCUGGUCGCUCGGCGUCGAACCCUCCUCCACAUAAAUUUCCUUCCAAGCGACCGGACUCACUUCGUCGUCAUCUCAUCGACUCUCAUCUGCUUCAUGCACACGACGGGAUCAGCUGUAACUGGGAAGCCUGUCUCGAUCUUCCCAAGUUUGCCAAAAUCACCGAAUUCUUAGCCCAUGCUAAUAAUGAACACAAAUAUGAUGUCAAUAUUAAACUAUGUCAUCUCACCGAAAGGCCACGGGUUAGCCACGGCGACGGUUUUUCUAGGGAAACCUCUAUGGAAUCUGAGAAUCGGCAAGGCACUGAAACUCCCGCCUCCUCUGUCGAUUUUGAUAUGACAAAUAUUGAUCCUCGAUUGAUGAGACCCGGCCCUAUCAUUGUCGUCAAGCCAUCAACCUGCCUGUAA